CAGCCUCGGUCUCGGCUCGGCCCCUCCCCCGCCCCGCCCCGGCUGCGAAGCGUCUGGAACCGCGUCCUUCCUCCGCACCCUCGUCCUGCGACCGCGUCCUGCAGCAGCUGCCCGUCGGAGCCGCCUGACGAGGACCACCCAUCACCAUGGUGAAGCUGGGCUGCAGCUUCUCCGGGAAGCCGGGCAAGGACCCCGGGGACCAGGAUGGGGCUACCACGGACAGCGUCCCUCUGAUCAGCCCCCUGGACGUCAGCCAGCUCCAGCCACCAUUCCCGGACCAGGUGGUUAUCAAGACACAGACAGAAUACCAGCUGUCCCCCCCGGACCAGCCAAAGAAGUUCCCCGACCUGGAGGCCCAGAAGCUGGCCUGUAACCACCCUGAGGAAGGACGCAGGCUGCCCACAGCGCGGAUGAUCGCCUUUGCCAUGGCGCUCCUGGGCUGUGUCCUCAUCAUGUACAAGGCCAUCUGGUAUGACCAGUUCACCUGCCCCGACGGCUUCCUGCUCCGGCCCAAGAUCUGCACCCCGCUGACCCUGGAGAUGUACUACACCGAGAUGGACCCCGAGCGCCACCGCAGCAUCCUGGCGGCCAUCGGGGCCUACCCGCUGAGCCGCAAGCACGGCACGGAGACGCCCUCGGCCUGGGGGGAGGGCUACCGCGCCGUCAAGGAGGGACCCAAGGCGCCCACCCAGGCGGGGGCGGCGGCGGCGGCGGCGGCGGCCACCGAGCCCCCCGGGAAGCCCUCCGCGCCGGGAGAGAAAGAGGCGGCGCGGAAGGCGGCAGGCAGCGCCCCGCCCCCGGCCCCCCAGUGAUGGCCCCUCCGCACCUGCAGCCCGGCGCCCCCUGCCGGCACCUGUGACCGCCCUCGCCCGACGCUCUCCCAUCUCGUGGUCGUGCCCCUGCUUCCAGGACCCUUCGCUGACGCCCCCUGCCCCCGAGCUUGCAGCUCUGUUGCUUUUCUCUAAGUAAAGAUUCAUAUCCACCUGGG